UAUGGAGAGAGAGAGAGACAUAUGGAGAGAUUUAUGUCUCUUUCUUGAAAGAAAUAUUUUUCUCCUACGCAGCAACAAUUUUGUUUUUUAUUAUUAUUAUACCAUUUAUUUAUUAUUACCAUGACCUAGUGCGAUGAUGUAGUUUUGGCAUAUUCUUCAUUUUGAUUGAGUGAAAAAUUUUCCUAAUAUGAUUCAAAUUUUAGCACAAAAUCAGAAUUUUAAACCAACGAGCUUACUAUCAAUUAAAAAAGUCAUCUUGCGCCAUCUAUUUGUAGAUUAUUUGGAAAUGUUCAGAUUGAACUGUUCCGGCAGGGACAUUAUCUCACAAUCAACAAAAAUCGUUGCAAACUGGUUCCAACAAGAGUCGUCUCCAUAGCUCCACAUGUGUGCCAUAUGUGUUUAUUGAUUAUUAGUAGUCAUUUUUGUUUUGUUUACAUGGCCCAAAUCGACGAGUCAUUUUGAGCUGAAAAAAAUUCAUGAUUCAUCAUCCUUUGCACAUAUACCUCCACUCAUUCUAAUCAACAAUAAGUAUUCUGUGAAGCCUAGUCGACCGAAUUAUUUAUGGUAUACCUUUUUUAAAAAAAUGUGACAGAUAAUGAAAAUGAAACUUAAAGUUUUACAUUGUGGCCACCACACUUACCGUAAUAAAACGUUACGACGAUUAUCAAAUCGUGAAAAUUCUAAGUUGAAAUUACGAUCAUAUCGUGAACAUAUACAAAUUGUAACUAAUCGAAAACGUUCAUUAAAUGUCGAAUUGAUUGAUGACAGUAUUGCUGUACUUACAAUCGAAACGGCCAUCAUUUACACUACAAUUGGACAUCAUUCCUUUGGAAAAUUGAAAUCACGAAACAUGACCAACAAUCAUUGUCGCAAUCUUGGUCUUGUAUCUCGUUAUUUUCACACUGACCUUGUCAAACUUAUCUAUGUAAAAGAUAUCCCAAAAAUCAUUAGUGAUUUUGAAUCUGGUAAAUCAUUGAAUCAGAUUAAAUAUUCAUCGUGGCCAUUAUUACAAAUGACGUCAAACAACCAUGAUCUACCAACCAAGACAUCUACCGUAGCAAUCUAUAAUAGGCUUGAAUUAUGCGAUCGUUUGAUUAAUCGACUGUUUGCCGUACCAAGCUCUUUAUAUAUGUCCUUAUAUCGUACUACAACGUUUACAAGUCAUAUGAUUAAAAGUAUCAGUGAUUUAAUUGGUUUUUAAACAAUAAUUUUUAUAUAUAUUCUUAAUUUAAAAUAAAUAAAAUUUUAUUUAUUGUUUU